ACUUUCUCUAUCUCUCUCUCUUUAAAAAAUGGGGAAAAGCUCUCCAAUGCUUCGCCUAUAGGCUUCUUCUCUCUCUAUCCCUUUUCCUCUUCCCUCUCCUCGCCGGCAACCUUGAUCUCGCCGGGGAAACUCCUCUGAUCACCGGAUUCGAUUUGAUAAUCGAAUCUAGACACUCAUAAUUAUUAUUAUUAUUAUUAUUAUUAUUAUUAUUAUUAUUUACCUAUACUCUUAUACACAAAUUUUGUUGUUUUGUAUUCAUAUCUCGAUUUCAAUUUCGCAAAUUUGUGUCAUAUAUACACAUAUAAAAUUGUUAAUAAGCAUUUGUUUAGAUGGAGGAUUAUGGAGGAAGUGACGAUGAGUACUAUUACUCUGAUGACCGAGACUCGCUCGACGGUCUUGAGAAUGAGGAAUCCGAUUUCCGCUGGGCCCCACCCAAGGGUCCCAGUACGAAGAUAAUCACGAAGGCGUCCCUCUUGGCAGCACAGAGGGAAGAUCUGCGCAGAGUAAUGGAGCUGCUAUCAUUGAGAGAACAUCACGCAAGGACCUUGUUGAUACAUUACCGUUGGGAUGUUGAGAGGCUGUUGGCUGUGUUUGUAGAGAAGGGGAAAUCAUACUUAUUCACUGAAGCAGGUGUUACUGUUGUUGAGCAACUAGAUAUUGAUUCACCACUGACUUCAUCUUCUACGAUAACAUGUGAUAUAUGCAUAGAGGACAUAUCUGGUGAUAAGGCAACCAGAAUGGACUGUGGCCAUUGCUAUUGCAACGAUUGUUGGACAGAGCACUUCAUUGUUAAAAUAAAUGAGGGUCAGAGCAGGCGCAUCCGGUGCAUGGCACACAAAUGUAAUGCUGUAUGUGAUGAAGCUGUUGUCAGAAAUCUAGUCAGCAAAAGGCAUCCUGAUUUGGCAGAGAAAUUUGAUCGAUUUCUUCUCGAAUCAUAUAUUGAGGACAAUAAAAUGGUUAAAUGGUGUCCAAGUACUCCUCACUGUGGGAAUGCUAUAAGAAUUGAAGAAGAUGAAUGUUGUGAGGUAGAAUGUUCAUGUGGUUUACAGUUUUGUUUCGGUUGCUUGUCGGAAGCGCACUCUCCUUGUUCAUGUUUGAUGUGGGAGCUCUGGAGCAAGAAAUGCCGAGAUGAAUCUGAAACAGUUAAUUGGAUCACAGUUCAUACAAAGCCUUGUCCUAAGUGUCACAAGCCAGUUGAGAAGAAUGGUGGCUGCAACCUUGUGAGCUGUAUAUGUGGUCAAGCAUUUUGUUGGCUGUGUGGCGGAGCUACUGGGAGAGACCAUACUUGGUCUAGAAUAUCUGGUCACAGUUGUGGACGCUAUAAAGAAGACCGAGAGCAAAAAACAGAACGGGCAAAACGAGAUCUCUAUCGAUAUAUGCACUAUCAUAACCGCUAUAAAGCUCAUACAGAUUCCUUUAAGCUUGAAAGUAAACUUAAGGAGACAAUACUGGAGAAGGUUUCAAUAUCAGAAGAGAGGGAAUCAAGACUUAGAGAUUUCAGUUGGGUAACUAAUGGACUCCACAGACUUUUCAGGUCAAGACGAGUUCUUUCAUAUUCAUAUCCAUUUGCUUUUUAUAUGUUUGGCGAAGAGCUGUUUAAGGAUGAGAUGACGACAGAGGAAAGGGAAAUUAAACAGAAUCUAUUUGAGGAUCAGCAACAACAGCUUGAGUCAAAUGUUGAAAGACUCUCCAAGUUCCUGGAGGAGCCCUUUGAGCAGUAUGCUGAUGAUAAAGUUGUGGAAAUAAGGAUGCAGGUCAUCAAUCUAACUGCAGUUACCGAUACUCUAUGUAAGAAAAUGUAUGAGUGCAUAGAAAGCGAUUUAUUGGGUUCUCUUCAACUAGGUACCCAUAAUAUAGCCCCCUACAAGUCGAAGGGCAUUGAGAAGGCAUCUGAACUUUCGUCUUGUUGGAGCAACAAAGUGAAUGCUACUCAUAAGUUCCUGACAUCAGAUGGCAAUGCAAGUGGUGGUAUAUCAGAACUCGACAGACCUUCGGAUGAUAGUGGAUGCUCUUCCCGGAAGCGUGCUAGGAAGGAGGGUGGUGGCUUUUUUGAUCUGAACUUGCCGGCAGAGAUUAUGGAUAGGAACUGAAUUCAGAGACUGCAGACUUCAUACGGGUACAAAGUGUACAGCUCUAACUUGAGGCCGUCCUCUUCUUCAUGGAAUUUGAUCUUUUGUGGAUUAAGAACCAAAUUCUUUGCCCUUUACCCUAAAUAGCCUUUUGUUCUGCAUUUGACAUUGCUUUCUGUUGAUGGGAUAUCUUGGGAAAGAAAUUUAUUUCCACUUUUAUCCAGUCUUUCUUUUUGUUGUAUAUAGCCGUUUAUUGGGUUUUUGUGGGGGAUAGAUAUGUAAAUUCUCUAGCUGGGGACUUGGACUAGACUUCAUUACAUCCUUGACAUAGUUUGCGGAAUUUGAUAAUCUUAUUGAUUUCUGCAUAAUUGAAUGCUGUACUCUUUGAGGCAGGUUUUCUUCUCUCUUCGCCAAUGAUUCACAAAUUAGGAAAGCUAUGGUUUCACUUUUGUAUUUAUUUAUAUCCAUAUAUUCUGUCAUUGUGGAAAAUGUACAAAGAAUUAGUUAUAUUCUCCCAUUUUUGUUAUCGUACUUGCUAACGAAUAAAACAAGAAGCCUGUGGUGGAA